CUUUGCCAAGGGAGCUAAUUAACUCUGACCCGAAUUAGCCCCUGGGGCCAUCUCUUCAGGAGCAGAGUCCCAUCCCAGCCCUGCGAUCCCCGACUGACCACAGGACACGUGGGACGCGGAGCUGGAGAAGCAGGGGGUGGCGGGGGUCAGUCAAUGGCAGGCAGGCCCGGGGGAGCGGGACUGAGCUGUUUCGGGACCUCUGGGAUACUGGCCGGCCCGCUCAGCCUGGAGUGGGGACGAGGCUGCUCCGGACCGGGACGCAGAGUCCGCGGACUCGGCGCCGGCGCGGUCAUCCGAGACGCGGCGCUCAAGCUCCUGCCCGCGCAGCCCGGCCUGGCCAUGGCGGCCCCCCGCCCGCCUCCCGCGAUCUCCGUCUCCGUCUCGGCCCCGGCGUUUUACGCCCCGCAGAAGAAGUUCGCCCCGGUUGUGGCACCGAAGCCCAAAGUGAAUCCUUUCCGGCCUGGGGACAGCGAACCUUCUGUGGCAGCGGGGGCCCAGCGAGCACAAAUGGGCCGGGUGGGCGAGAUCCCCCCGCCGCCCCCGGAAGACUUUCCUUUGCCCCCUCCUCCCCUUAUUGGCGAGGGCGACGACUCGGAGGGUGCCUUCCCACCUCCACCUCCCCCGAUGAUCGAUGAACCCUUCCCCCCAGCUCCGCUGGAGGAGGAAAUCUUCCCCUCUCCACCACCUCCCCUGGAGGAGGAGGGAGGGCCUGAGGCCCCCACCCAGCUCCCACCGCAGCCCAGGGAGAAAGUGAGCAGUAUUGACCUGGAGAUCGACUCUCUGUCCUCACUGCUGGAUGACAUGACCAAGAAUGAUCCCUUCAAAGCCCGGGUGUCAUCUGGCUAUGUACCCCCACCAGUUGCCACUCCGUUUAUUCCCAAGCCUAGUACCAAGCCUGUCCCUGGGGGCACAGCACCCUUGCCUCCUUGGAAGACCCCUUCUAGCUCCCAGCCACCACCUCAGCCACAGGCCAAGCCUCAGGUCCAGCUCCAUGUCCAGCCUCAGGCCAAGCCCCAGGUCCAGCCCCAGCCUGUGUCUUCCACUAAUGCACAAGCCCGGGGUCCCCUUUCUCAGGCUCCAACCCCAGCACCCAAGUUUGCUCCAGUGGCUCCCAAGUUUACUCCCAUGGCUCCCAAGUUCAGCCCUGGUGCCCCCAGUGGACCCGGGUCACAGCCCAAUCAAAAACCGGUGCCUCUGGAAGCUCCCUCUUCUGUGGGCACAGGGUCCCCUCCGCCGCCAAGCUUCAUCUAUGCUCAGCAGAGAGAGAAACCCUUAGUUCAAGAGAAGCAGCCCCCAGUGCCUCCACCAGCUCACAACCAAAACCAAGCCCAGUGUGGGAAGAAGCGUUGCCGAGUUCCCACAGCUCAGAAUCUGAGUUACAGGGAUUUGAUAGUAGGAGCCAACAUGGGCACUGGCAAGUUUGGAAUAGCUUCUUGA